CGAGUAUACAAUGUGUUUUUGACCCGACGUUUCUGCUUUUUCCGAAUACGAGAACAGUGGCUGACGGUGCGUAUUUACGCGUUCCCCCCAACAGACUUCUCCUAUCAAUUCCAUUUUGUGUUUUGUCUCCACCUCUUGUGAUUAGCCUUAAGUCGAAACUGCAUUCUACAGCAUGCGAAAUCCACUCACUCUUCUCGUCCUCACCCUCAUCUUCACCAUUAGCGCUGCCACCGACUGCUACUUCCCAAACAGCACCAAGUGAAAUGACCUUGAAUUCAGAGCAUGCCCCUUUAAGAAAAACGGUGUUAAAAUGUGCUGCGGCUUCAAUCGCACGACUCCAUUCGGCGGCAACCAUGACGACGGGCACACGGCAGACCAAUGUCUCCCAAAUGGGCUCUGUAUGAACCAGGGACUGAUAUCUCGUGAUAACGGAGAUUCUACUUUAAAAUUAACGUAUUGGCGCAACACAUGCACGACGCCGGGGCGGAAUGGGUGUUUGGAUGUUUGUACUUCGGGAUACGAUAGCACGACCAAUAUGGCGUCUUACGACGGCACGCUCACCUCGGAAACAUGGUGCUACGGUGUAGAUAAUACAACCUGCUGUAAUUCAGACAGCGCAAUCAAUAUCCCCGCCCAAUUCGGCAAGCAGGCAGCCUCAGCUACUACCG